CUGGAAAUCAUUCAACACUCUUAAUAUCUCAAUGAUUCACCUGUGGAUCCUCUGGUCAUGGACGCCAAUAAUGUGGAACACUUGUCCGAAACCAUAGAAUGCUUACCCGAGUACGAUUUAUUACCAAAUAAAAUCAAACGAUACAUCGCUAGGAGAGAAAGAAAAAUAAAAGAGGAUACGAGAAAACAGAGCAAAAUCAGUCAAAACAAAAUCGACAAAAAGAAACCUAAACUUUCCUUCGAAUGUGCCACAUGCGGCCAAUGUUUUAGCCAGAAAGCUACCAUGAUAAAACACAUGAGCUUGCACAAAUAUCAAUGCCAAACUUGUUGCCAGAGCUUUGGCCUGAAGCGAGAAUUGAAGCGCCAUAUCAUGAACGUUCACGGACCUCUCCUGUAUCCAUGCAGCAUCUGUGACUACAAGAGCAACAACAAAUGCACCUUGAAGGAUCACUUUAUACGGAAACACACUAGCGGUUUUCAGCAUUCUUGUACGGUCUGCAAUAAGCAGUUCAAAAUAAAAAACGACCUGAAACAACACAUGAAUCAAGUUCAUAGUGGUGAACCGCCCAUUAUCUGCAGCAUCUGCGGACAUGCCUGCAAGAACGUUCCCGCUAUCAAGGCGCACAUGAAGUAUCGACAUUACAAACCGGCUUAUGAAUGCAAAAUAUGCAAGCGUGGUCUUACCACUCAAGAGUAUCUCGACCAACACUUGAUCUGGCAUGAAAGAAAAGAGAAGGUCAUCUGUCCCACCUGCGGCAAAACCUUUGGUCAAAAGAGGGACUUGGACCUUCAUUUGAGGAUUCAUCAGGGUAUCCGACCGUUCUCUUGUCCAGUCUGCGGCAAAACCUUUCCCCGAAAGACUGCACAAGAACAACACAUAUUAAUUCACACCGGCAAAAAACCGUAUAUCUGCGACAUAUGUGGACAUACCUUUGCACAGAAACCCGGACUUAUUUGUCACAGGAAACGGCAUCCUGGACCGUUACCGCCCUUGCCUGUGGUAUCCAUUAAGAAAAUAAUCAUGGAAUUUACACAGGAAUUAGUCUCUUCUACGCAACAAGAUAAAGUAGAUAGCUAAAUAUUUGAAAAAUUACCCCAACGUAGAUUCAUUAAAUUUGUUUACAUUAAUCCCAAAAUGAACAUGACCCCGCGCGAAGACGUAUUAUUGUGAUAAAUUUAUGAAUUUCAAUUUAUUCUCUUUAU